UUUUUCCUUCAUCAAUCUCUCUCUCUCUCUUGGCCUGUCGAUUCAAGCUUUCUUUGUUAAUACUAUUCUUUUUCAAGGCUUGCACAUUGCAUUGAUGAACAUGGUGUAAUAAAAUGGACCGGAGGGCACUAACAGAUUUCAUAAAAAUGUGGGAUUAUAUAAGUUUUUGGUAGUUAUUUUAGGGACGAAUUGAUUUUUUGGUGAAAUGCUUCGCAUUUCUAAUAUUAAAACUGAGAAAUUUCUUCUUGUUAAAAAUAUAUCAAGAUUGAACAACUAUAUGUAUGUACUUGUUUGGACUUUAUUGUAUAAUUUUUGUGUUUGGUGUAUACGAGUUAGCUAGCUAGGGAGAUAGAGCUUCCUUGCCAAGAACAGAAAAUGGAGGCAUUUCAAGUGACUCGGAAAUUCUUUUAGGUCACAAGAUUCAAAUCUUUUUGUAAAAAUUUUGAGUCCUCCCCUGCAUGGAGCUUACUCACGAAGAACUAAUCGUAGAGGGAGAGGAAAGAGAUAGAGAAUUCACCUCACAAACACAUAAUCCGGACAACUCAUACAAUUAUUCUGGUGGUGUAAGGCGAAAGGCGUAUAUGUUUGACGGAGAAGGGAAUUAUUUCGACAAGGAAUGGGAUUUAUCAGAGGGAAGAGAUAAAGAAUUUUGUUGGUAUCAUGUUGAACUUCCAAAGUGGAACCAGAAACUCUCACAAUCUGCACGGUAUCUUAUCGAUGUACUCUGUCCACCUCUGAAUCUCCAAGACAUUCUAUCACUAGUUAGCAAUGGACCCUUUUGCGCGCAUGUUAAUGGUGCUCUAGUUUUUCGAGUUAAUUCACCUGGCCCUGCAUCCAGCAACUUUACAUUUAGAAUUGCUGCAAGAGUUACCGAGAAUUUGGUGAUCACUGUGUCAUUAGGUCGCGUUCCAAGAUUGGGGUUUUCCCCAGUAAAGGAGUCUCUUUUGUCAGAGAUUCCUAUUGUGGAUAGUCCAAGUAAUGGUGAACAAAGGGGAAGGGGUAGAACUGUGAUCAGGGAACAUGUUCUCGAUUUUCUGCUGACCAAGAAUCAUUUUGAAGAGGCUGACAAUCCUGUGCCUAAAUCUGUGUCGAAUCUUGUUAUUCACGUUUUAGAUAGGCAUGUGGAUCAUGUUCAAGAUAUUGUGACAAAGCUAGAGAUUGAGUUGGAUUCUGUAGAAUUGGAAUUAGACAAAGGUUGUUUUGCCUUAAAGCAACAAAUGUUGGAGGAUAGAAGAUUUCCAAAGGUGCAUCUUGACUCACAGCGCCUCCUCCAGGUGAUUGCGUAUGGGGAGCAAGUAAUUCCAAGAGUAAAGGAGAAGUGUUGUUCAAAAGAUUGGUUUGCCAGUGAUGACAUCAACACCCUUGAAGAGCUAAUUGGUCAACUCAAGAGUCUAAAGGAAAGUGUUGGGUUUAUAGCGAAUCGUGUCACAGGAAUUCAGGCUGGUCUUGAAAGCUGGCAGGCUGACCAAAUUACUGGAAAACUAUACAAUCUUUCUUUCCUCUCCAUCAUGUUUCUCCCCUUGUCUGUUGUAACUGGAGUUUUUGGGAUGAACGUGGGAGGGGUUCCGUGGACCAAUCAAAACGAGCCUGAGCUGAAGGACGGAUUCCACAAUGUCAUGUUUCUUUGUGUGGCUCUCAUAUUGUUGGUUCUGUUUUGCUUCCUUUUCCCUGAAUUUUAUACUUCUGUAUCGACUUGGAAAAGAAGACGAGACAUGAAAAGAAGUUGCUCUCUCAACCACAAAUCUUCUUUUAGAAGCAGUAGUAGGGAAAGAAAUGAUAAAGAAGGUUACCAACGGCUGUAUUGACUUGAAAAUAGGUGCACUUACUCUACCUGUAGAUGUGUUUCACCAAAAGACAAUAUAACCAGCAAAGGAUUCCUUGGGUGGAGUAGAUUGCCUACAAGCUAAGCUGGGACUAAAGGCAGCCUUAACGAUCUGACAAUGUCGAGCGGAAGGGCCAUAUCUCAAUAGAUUAGAGUCGCUCAGGGGAUAGUUCAUAAUAUUUCUUUGUUAUUUAGAUAAGAGCCAUGAGUUCAUAAUUGAUAUAUGCCAACGGAAUUUAACUUAUUCCUAAAAAAAUGUAUUAAGUGAGGGUUAGCACCAUGA